UUUCCCCUCGGAGGUGGUGUGGAGUGGGGAGAGGGACUUACAGUGCUGUUUUGUCCAAAGAAAUGAUUCCCAUAAUAUUCUCUUUCAAUUUCCACAUGCUGAGCCUUUUUAAAUCCUAGAUUGCAGUCCAGUAACCCCAGAAACAGUUACUCACUCUUUCCUUGGACAGUUUGGAUCUUGGUAGUUUGAGUCACAAUUAGCUUUGGUAUCUUGGAACCCUAGUCAAAAUUGCCAAGUUAACAUCAGGAUGCUACACCAGUGUAUAUAGAUCUCUGUUCAACUCAUUCCGUCUUCUUUCUCAACCUACAGCUGUGACUGUCCCAGUGGGUGGAAGGGAGCGUUCUGCACGGAGAUGGUUUCCACCUGUGACCCUGAACAUGACCCUCCACACAACUGUAGCAAAGGAGCCACUUGUGUUCCAUUGCCUCAUGGAUACACCUGUCGCUGUCCUCUGGGAACCACUGGAAUCUACUGUGAACGAGCCUUAUCUGUAAGUGACCCGUCUUUCAGAAGCCAUGAAUUAUCCUGGAUGUCUUUUUCUUCCUUUCGCAUUCGAAAAAGGACGCAUAUUCAAUUGCAGUUCCGGCCUCUUUCUGCAGAUGGCAUCCUAUUUUAUGUGGCACAAAACUUAAAAGCACAAUCAGGUAAAGUUGGUAGGAUCUUUGUUUGCAGGAAAAAAAAAGUCUUAAUGAAUUCCUAAUAGCCUAUUAAGUAAUGCACAACGGACUAUUUUAAUUUUAAGCUACCUAGCCAAUAAAAUAUGUGAACACUUGAACUUUUAUGCUGUAUCGUCACUGCAAGUAUGUUUAUGAAUUGACUCCCUAAAUAUGUUAAUAAAAUAGCAAGAGCUUUGUUAGAAUUAAAGUUAACAAAAUCCAAACAUAGUGUAUGCUCAACUUUAGAACAACCCCAUCAAAAAAAGAAAUUGAAGCCAUGCAUGAUAGUCUGAUGUCAAAAGGGACAAAAUCUGAAUAUAAAAGAUAAAGGAAAGGAAGGCAUGGCUGAUAUAUUUCUAGAAAAUUCAUUCACACUUCUAGCUCCAAAAUAUUUUAAAUUGUUCUGUCAUCUCAAUAGUAAACCUAGGAUCUGCAUUCCAAAAUAAGUUUAUAAAAAUCAUUUUUAACUAUUAAAGUUGCAUAAUUAUCAUAAAACAAUAUGCAAUAAAAUAUCCAAGUAGUAUGCUCCAAUUUGAAAAAUUGAUCUUUGUGUUUUUAUUACUUUAUUCUUGAUUUUCAUUUUCAUAUCUGCCUCCAGAACUUUGACAAAGGCAUUUGCAUAGAUACAUUUCUACUUCAAAAUAUUUUUAAAAUUUUACAUUUAAGCUUUUCUUUUAUCUUGUUUCUCAGAAAAUGAAAUUUUGGUAUUGAGAAAUAAUUAAAUCUGUUUAUUUUGUUUCUCAUAGUCAACAAAAAUGGUGCCCUCAUUUUCAAAUCUAAUCUAAGUAGUUUUUUUAAGGGUAUCUUACUGUGCUGCUAAAUGAUGAGAAGAUCAGAUAAUCAGACCAAAGUGUUUCCAUCUCAAUGCACUGGCGAAAUACCUUCAAAAUAAUUUCAAGGAGAAAAGAUGAUAAUUUCAAAGAAAAAAGAUAACACGAUUGACCUACAAAAUAUACCUUCGAAGAUAUUUGUUCCCCUGAGAUUUCAUAUUUGGUUUUAAAUUCAUGAUUAAUUUAAAUCUCCCUGUGAAAAUGCCAAAUGGGAAAAUCACAUGCAAACAGAAAAUUUCUGUUUAUAAAUCAAGAGACAUUAAAAGUCAGUUUCAGUUAUUUUACUCCUAAAAAACCCGACGUUAACCUUUGUAUGAUAAUGGCAGAAAAUCAAGGGAUAUUCAGGCCAUUCUGUCACUGGCCAAGAAUGUUGUACCAUAGUUUUAUAAUCAGUACAGUGCAUAUAUAUUUGUGUUUAUGUAUAGAGAAUCAAAAGCUCAUACACACCAACACACACAGAGGGGUAAGAGCACAUGUUGUUACACCUGUUAUUAAGUGGCAUUGUAUUUCAGGUGGUGACAGUCAAGAUUUUCCUUUUUUUCUGCCAUUAGAUACUAUUUACAAAGAGAGCUGAAAACAGAUUUACUAGUUUCAUGUAAUGAUUGGUGCUGUGUCUGACACUUACGUAAGGAAAUCAUGAAAACUUUAAAAUAGUACAGACCUAAACUUCACAUUCUCAGCCUUAGAUUGACCUAAAGGUAAUCAUCAGAUGAAAGGCAUAAGCUUAUUAGCAAUCAGGUGGUGUAAUCAAGUGAUGAAGUAGGCUUCAUCUAUUCAAGGUUGCAUAGAAUGCAGGUGGCUGUCCUGUACUUUGUACCUUUCUGAGGAGCCACCUCUGACAGAUUCCAGCUCAUCCUCUAGUAAGAGGAGCUGUCAGUUAAAAACACCCACACACUUAAUGCACAAUGUCAAAAACCGCAAAUUUAGAUUUUCAGCAGCCAAUUAGGUUUUCAUAUGUGGAAAACCAAAUUCUCAAUUAACAAGGUUUCUGUGUCUCCUUAGAGGUUAAUAAUUUGAAUCAUCUCAAAUAGUGUAAACUUAAAAUAACUUGAAAAUUAUCCUAGUUCACUUUAGAUCUCUGACUUUGGAAAGAGAUUUUAAAGAGAGAAGUCCUUGGCACCUGCUUAUCUGUUUCUGCUAUGUAUUUAAUACCUUAACAUGAGUUUUUGGACACAUAAAAAAUACCAAUAUUAUGUUAAGCAUAAAUUAAUCACAGAUAGCCUGAAUUCAUCUUGAUAUAGUUACAAUCCUCCCAGACAAAUGUGUAUUUAAAAAGCCUAGUCAUCCACAACAUAAAGUUAAAGCAAUUCAAACAAUAAAAGACAAAUAAAAUUAGUUAAUAUUACCUUUGCUUUCCUUCUCUAGAGAAAAAUAUAAAACUUCCCUAAUAGGCUGCACCUGUAUCUCUUCCCAAAUGUUAGGUCCUACAGGUCUCUUUGACCUGUGAUGUGCACUGGGGAAGGCAGGGGAUGGGUGUGGGCAAGGGCAGCACGGACGGAGGGCCCGGCCCAGGCACGGUAGUAGCCGAAGUGAAUUCAUUCAUGAUCUUUCAAUCAUUUACGAGCUGUUCCUGGUAAGGACUGUCCACUAGCGGUGGACUUUUAACAUUUACUUUAAUGUCAAUCUGAACUCAUGACCCGUGACUACAGCACCAUAUUCUAGUCAACUAAAAGGCCCGCAUGACAAAAAGUUGCUAAUUCAGCUACAAGAGCAAUUUUAGCUUCCAAGGCCACAGAAGGAGAGAAACCCCCCCUUUUUUUUUUUUUUUUGCCAACUCUUCAUAAGACAAGAACACAGCAGCAAAGCCAUGUUACAAUAAGCCUUCCUUGGCAGCAGCUACUCUCCUUGCUCUUUCUGCUGGUUGGCAACUUGACCAGCGAUGUCGCAGAUCCCAGCUUCAGCCUUCCGAAUCAGUUUUUAGAUUCUUUUUAUUCCAGUGUAGCUCUUCACUGUAAGAUUGUUUACUAUAGGACACUCUACAACACAAGUAGCAAGAAAAACUCCUUCCAUAAUCCUGAGAAAGAGAAUUGGUUUUAGCCACUGGCAGGCCACAAAGUAUACUCAGAAUGCUAUAAAUUUUUAAAACUUAAUAUCAAUUAUGUUUCAUUGUUCUAGUUUCUUGUGGUAUAAAAAAUUUAAAUGAUUCAAUUUGUAUUCAAUUUUUUCUUAUAUAACCUAAGUGUAUAAUGCUGCUUCUCUUUCCUUAGACUUAAAAUGCUGUUGAUGUUAGAAAAUAAACUUGAGUUUUUUCCAUUUGUUAGGAAGCUUUUGAAAAACAAUUUACAUAUUAUUAUGUGAAAAAGAUGUUUUAUUUUUUGCUUUCAGCCGAAAACUAGUAUUUGAAAAAUACUCCAAAUCAUCCACCCCACCUUCAUGUAAAGGUAUUCUUAAUUCACCAAUUAUUUAUUGAGCAUCUAAUUAUGUGCUCAGUGCUGUGCCAGGUGCUGGGGAUAAACUAUCAGCCAAAUCACACACACACCCUGUUCUCAUGAAGCUUCUGAGCUGGUGGAUGAGUCAGCUACUAAUCAGAUAAUGACAGAUGUAAUAACAGAGAUUAUAUUGACUAGAAAUUCUCUCUGACGAAAAUGAUUAAACCAGAGAAUCAUACUUUGCAUGGGCUCGUACACUUUUCUCAGGUGGAAAUGUUAGGAGGACGACCCUAGCUGCCAGGUCUCCCCACCGACCUGCACGGUCUGUGCGGACCAGCAGGGGGAGCAGAAAGGAAGGACGCUGUUUGCAGGAGGGAGGUGAGACAGCGCGGCAUUGAGGAAGGGGGAAGAGAAUAGGAGUAUGUGCCAAGAAACUUCCCUGGGAAAGGAAAGGAAAGAAUGUUUUACUGGUUGUGAAGUGCUAGGGGGAAGGGAAAUGCUGUCUUGAGGAAGCUUUCUGCAUGGUUUGUUGCGUAGACCACUUGGCUAUGGUCUCGAAGGGCUCCCUUCUUUUCCCAGGCAUGUGGAGUUGCAUUUACUUUUCCUCUGGAUGCCUCGCUGCAACUUCAUACACAUGCCAGGUCAGAUUUGUUCACACAUGCCUGUACAAUUAUAAAGUGAGAUAAAUAUUGUGAAGGAGAGAAACAUAUUGCUAUUAGUCACUAAUAGGAAGAACCUAGCCCACUCUGGGGAAUCAAGGAAGACUUCACUGAGGAAGAGGCGUUUGAUCUGGGACCUGAAAGGUAGGUAGCAGUUACCUAGAUGAGGUGGAGGAGCAUCGCAAAAAGAAAACAUGCACAAAGGUGAUGAAAGCCUGACAAGGUCAGUGUUGCUGGAAUAAAGAGGAGGAAUGGGGCAAUACACUCCAGGUCAAGCUGGAGAGGGGCCCAGAACCCACAGAGCCUGAUGGCUAUGUAAAAGAUUGUAGGUUCUUAUCCCAACAGUGAGUGCCAUUAAAGGGUAGCAUAAUGAUCAGACUUUCAUUUGAAAAGAUCACUUUCACUUCAGCGUAAAUUAGAAAAUUAAUCAGAAAGGAAGGAGAGUCCGGAGCCUCUAGCAAUAGAUCAAGCCAGAGAUGACAGUAAAUUUAACUAAGGUGGCAGGAGCGAAGCAGACAGAAUCGAGAUGUUUACAAUGAACAAGAUGCUAAUAAGUCAUGUGAUUAUCGACUAUCUUGUGAUAAGUUAUGUGUGUAGCAAAGAAAGGAUGGUAUCAAGGAUCACACCUAAAUUUUUGGUUUGAAAAACUGGAUGAGUCACUCAACUCACUGAGUUUAGGUAGACUGGAAGAAGCCAGGCGUACGGGAGGAGGUUAACAAACGGAGACAUGAGCUCCAGAGCUUGAGGUGCCUUUAAAACACCAGAGCAGAGAUCUCAACUGGGGAUUUGUACUUGUGUACUUGUAGACAGAACUGGAUGCCAAGGUCAGGGCUGAAACUUGGGAGAGCAUAAAAUAUAAGAAAGGGUUUUCAUAGCACCACUAUCAACUGCUCUUAUUUCUUUUACCUGCCUCCCCAAUUUAUGCCAAAAACAGAAUCAGUGGCUUGCAGUAAAACAUCCAACUUACUCAUUUUUACACUUUCACCCGUAACUAAAAUCAUCAAAGCAAAACCUCACUGUAACUUGGUACCACAGUACAUUCAUUCAGUGCGAAAUAUUUACAACUAGGGACUACUUAUGUGGCCAAAUCCUGAACAAAAGAAUAGAGGAUAUGUGUAUGAAUGUAUACCCGCAUACUUCUACCUAUAAAUGGAAACGAAAGUCUCCAACAUACUUGUGAUCAAGAUUUUGUUACUUUCUUUUCCAAAACCAAAACUUAUUCAAGCAGCCAGAGAGGGCAAGAGUAGUUAAUGGAGUAACAUUUUACUGUUCCUAAUUAAACUAGUUGUUUUCUUUCUUAACAGGUGAUUUUUUAUGUAUCUCUUUAGUAAAUGGUUCUGUUCAACUUCGCUACAACCUUGGUGACAGAACGAUCAUUCUAGAAACUCUCCAAAAAGUAAAUAUGAAUGGAAGUACUUGGCAUGUAAUUAAAGCAGGAAGAGUUGGUGCAGAAGGCUACUUGGAUCUGGAUGGGAAAACUGUAACAGAAAAAGCCAAGGCUGAAAUGAACUCCCUGGACACAAAUACUGACUUCUAUAUAGGAGGAGUGUCAUCCUUAAAUCUUGUAAAUCCCAUGGCAAUAGCAAAUGAACCUGUAGGUUUUCAAGGUUGUAUCCGAGAAGUAAUUAUAAAUAAUCAAGAACUACAGUUAACUGAAUUAGGAGCAAAAGGUGGUUCAAAUGUAGGUGACUGUGAUGGGACAGCCUGUGGGUACAACGUGUGCAGAAAUAGGGGUGAAUGUGUAGUAAACGGCACGACUUUUUCUUGCCAAUGUUCGCCACCUUGGGCUGGAAAUACAUGUGAACAGUCUGCGUACUGUUUGAAUAAUCUUUGUCUCCACCAGUCUCUGUGUGUACCCGACCAGUCUUCUUCUUACCGUUGUUUGUGUACUUUAGGUUGGGAGGGAAGGUAUUGUGAAAACAAAAUUUCAUUUUCAACUGCAAAAUUUAUGGGUAAUUCUUACAUUAAAUACAUUGAUCCGGAUUACAGAAUGAGAAACCAUCACUUCACUACUGUAUCCUUAAAUUUUAGUACUACUGAAACAGAAGGCUUAAUUGUAUGGAUAGGGAAGGCUCAAAAUGAAGAAAAUGAUUUUCUGGCAAUUGGUCUCCAUAAUCAGUCCUUAAAAAUUGCAGUUAACUUAGGAGAAAGCAUCUCUGUACCUGUGAUUUAUAGCAAUGGCACAUUCUGUUGUAAUAAAUGGCACCAUGUAAUUGUAUCUCAAAAUCAGACUCUUAUUAAGGCCUACCUAGAUGACAAUCUAAUUCUCUCCGAGGAUAUCGAUCCACACAAAAAAUUUGUUGCUCUAAACUAUGAUGGUAUUAGUUAUCUAGGUGGCUUUGAAUAUGGUCGAAAGGUAAAUACUGUUACUCAAGAGAUUUUCAAGAGAGAUUUUGUUGGCAAAAUUAAAGAUGUAUUUUUUCAGGAUUCAAAAAAAAUUGAGUUAAUUAAGUCAGAAGGAUACAAUGUUUAUAAUGGAGAUGAACAAAAUUAGGUUACACGAACUACUACUGGCAAUUAUAAUCUAUAAAAUAUACAUGUAAAUGUAGUUAUUUUGGCAGUUAUUUCUUUGGCACAUUGUUUACUGGAAAUUGUUUACUAUUACCUGAGAUAGUCUAAAUGCUAUCAUCUUUUAUAUAAGCUUACAAAAUAUAGCUAAAGAAAAGAUUCUGGUCAUUUUCCCUAUAUUCAAUUUAUCUGUAAAUAUGUUAAUUCCUAAGUUUUCACUCCAUUAGUUCAUUUAGUGUUUAUUCAUUUGUGAAUUGUUUUCAAAUAAAAUUUAGGUGGGAAUGAAUCAGCAUUACAUACAAAGAAAAAUCAGAAAAUAAAAAUGCAACUUAUUAACUGAAGGAAAAAUAAAAAUUAUAUAAGGAAAUAUAACCAUAGUCUAUAGUAUGGCUCAGCUAUGAAUAGCUAUAUGAUUACAAUAAUGUGAAAUCUGAAUAUUGACUUAAACCAAAAAUUUUUAUAUUGACUGUGGGAAGGUGGAAGGUGGGGGGAAGGAGAGUUGGUUGGUGAGAGUUAAAUCCUUAUCUUCCACAGCAAGUUAUCAACUGAUAUCUCUGUAACAGAAAAAAUAGCUAUAUGUGCCACUUACAAGUAUGAAGGCAAAUAUCCUAAGAAAUGUCUAAAAGAAUUCAAAGUGGUUACUUCUGGAGAGCACAGCAGUGCAGACACUGUUGCAUUCUGUUUAUAAACCUUGUAAAAUUACCAUGUACUUAUACAACUGAUCAAACUUAAAAAUGAAACUUCAUUCAUGUUUAACUUUUCAAGUCUACAGGCCUCAAAAUUGGGCAUAAAACAGGUUCUGAAUAAUGCUAUUAAAAAUUAUUGUCCUGAUAAUAUCUGUACCAUUAAAAGUAUAACUUGAGAAAGUGCACGUUGCCCAAACACCAGUUACCGACACAAUUGUGAACAGCAUUCUCACCCCCAGCACUGCAGACUGGGAGUCAGUUAUCGCUGCUGUCAGCAUUUUCAGAGUUUGAUAUUGAUGACAACUUUGGCACCAAAAAAGCAACUGACAACACAUAACUGACACAAAGCACUAAUAGGUAGAAUAGGACGAUGUGGAGAAAGAAAAUCUUGGUAUAAGCAGCAUGUAAAGCUUGAAGGGAAAAAUACAUAAUUAUUAAAUGGAGAAAAAUCUUUAGGAAGAAGACUGAUGCAUAGAUAGCUUCUCAAUGCUAUUAAAAAG